UCUGGUUGGCAGAUAUGAAAUCAGCCACCAGUGGUUAGGUAGAUGUAAGUGAGAUAGUACCGUGCUCUUCCUCUCGCACCGGGACUUCAUGUCGUAGGGUUUGAACGGUCUGUGUGUGUGAAAGUAGAAAUUGUAGGGCUUAUAAUGCAGACGAUGGAAGCUAUGGAGCCGAUGCGGAGUAGCUGCCGAUAUUCAGACAUGCAGAUGGGCUACUACGAUGAUUUCAACGCCAACGCUGAUGUGUCAAGCUACCACGGUAAUGUAAACUCUGUAUAUUCAAACGGAUAUCAUCAUGAAAGUGUGCACCAAUCGGCUCAUCCACGCACCCCUGGUUCUUGUUAUUCCCUUGAACAUAUUCCUGAUACAGGAUCAGAAGGUGGUCAUAGGGAAGAGGACAUGGAACACGUACUGGCCCCUGGUUACCCUGGGCAAGGGGAACGACGUUGUUUAUUAUGGGCUUGUAAAGCAUGUAAAAGAAAGAACGUUGCAAUGGACAAGAGAAAAGCAGCAACGAUGAGGGAGAGAAGAAGAUUAAGAAAAGUUAAUGAAGCUUUUGAAGCCCUGAAGCGACAUACAUGUGCAAACCCAAACCAACGCCUACCAAAAGUGGAAAUUUUGCGCAAUGCUAUCGAAUACAUUGAAAAAUUAGAAAGAUUGUUGCAAGUUGAAAAAUCGAACAGUGACGGGAAUGAAUUAGAAACAUUAGAAACAAGUUCGAAUACCUCCGAUGCAAUGACAGAAAGCAGUAGCCCCGGAUCCUACUCUUCGUCAGAUAAGUUACAUCACUAUGGCGACAACUAUGACGUAGCAUCGUCUUAUGGUGAGAACUCUCACGUGGUACCAUUGUACAAGCACGUCGAGUCUUGACUGUCUGUCAUUAAUUGUUGAAAGUAUAACCCCAAACAAAGGUAAAGCUAUCACAUCGCCCAAGAAAGCUACAGCCGAUGGAAUGUGCGUAUGCUGAAGCUAGUGAUCUGUCAACGAAUAUAAUCUGGCGUUCACAAGUUUGCAAAUCCACAAAUUACAAAACAUCGGAGAGAGAAAACAAGAAUGAAAUCACAGCGCAGCUAAUGAGAGAGUAUUUUGAGCAAAAUCUUUGACUAUAAAAACACUCGUUGAUAUUUUUCCAUUAAAACUUUUUAAAAUCGGUGUUAUGGAAAAAAAUAUUAUUAACUUUAAAGGAAGAGAUUUUUAUUGCCGAUUUAUCAUCUUGAUUCUACAGGGUUAACACGGUCAGUGUGGAUUUAUCCACGCUAAGCGCUAACUAUCGAGUCAUCCAUGCAACCUUGAAAUAACGUUGUAGUUAAAACACGUUAAAAUAAAACAACCUUAAAUGCAAUAUUCCUUUCCCAAUUCUGUUUCAGAUGGGUUUCUUCUAUAUUAAUUAGAUUUAAUUUAAUCUUUAAAAAUCUGAUUUAAUCACGUUUGUGAAAUGUUCACUUCCAUUAUGUCUUACAAGUACUGUACACGCAAUCGAAAGUGAAUUCAGAAUUUUCGAAUUACACCAAGAAUCCGUUGUUUUAGCCUAAUUCAAUUUGAAUAUAUUGGUUUAAUUGAUUUAUUUUCUCGAGAAGUUGGAAAAUCCUUGAGUGGGGAGGGUACUCAAGCAGCCUGAUUAAUCAGCUCCCUGAUGACAUUCUAGGGAGAGUUUAGCGUCGUCAGGUUUACGUUAGUUAUAACGUCUGACGAUUAUUAUUUAUUGUAGAUAGAUACUGUAAAACAGUACUGUUGGCAUUUUAGUAUGUAUCUAGAGACAGAUCUAGAAUUGACUUGUUUAUUUAAUAAUGAACAAAGCGAAAUUUACCAAUAGAUGUAUAGAUUUAUAGGAAAGGUUUACGGAUAUAAAUAAACAUAUAAAUAGGUUUUAUUCAUCAAGGAUGUAUAUGGAUCAAUAGAAGUUUAAACAAUGUUUUAAGUUGACACUGUUUGUUUAAAAGAAUUUAGUGAUAGGGCCUAUUUCCCGCGUGCCAUUAAUGGGAAAAUUGAGCAUGCGGCUAAUAAUAUAUGCCUCAUUGUACAUUAAUGCUAUGAAGCAAAUUUAAUAAGUCAAAGGUGUAAAAUAUUAUAUUAUGGACUUAUUCGAACUAAUCAGUGUCGUUAAUUUAUGCAAGCUAUGGUUUGGCCAAUUAUUCGUAGUUCUGAAGUCGAUCGUUUUAUCAUGACUUCAGUUAACGUUUAGGCUUUAGCUAUAGUGAAGACUAACCAUGAAAGUACCGGUGCCGAUCCCUUCAUUGACUAACUCGUACGUUCGACUUCAAAUUCAGGUAAAAAGUUAUACAGUAUAUUGUGAGAUAUAUGUGUCAUUACUUGAUGAUGCAUAAAAUAGGCCAAUGUUUAGUAAAUAGAUAUAUUUCGAAGUAAUUUAUUCUAAUAUAUCUCCCUUUGAAUGUCGUUUAGCGUUUAAAUAAAUACAUUUACGAACGUAUGUUGAUUAGGUUCAAAGCUUUGAAAACAACACGGGUACAAUGACAAUCAAUACAUGAUGUUAUCAUAAAAUGAUUGUUUCUUGAUAUUUUGAAGCGGCAUUGAAGUUCGACGAAAGCUGGGACAUGAUAACCAUUUUAAAGGAUCAAAUAAAUAUGACCUCUAUGACGUGUCAAAUUAAUAUGUAUGAUAUGCAAAUUUAGUCGAAAUACGUCACAGAUUAAUCGUCAUAGGCCUAGUAUUUUAUCAUGUACCUCCGUGAUCUUAUAAAUAAUGGUAGGACUCACUUUGUAAAUAGAAGAAUACAAAAUUUGUCCUACUAAUCUUUCACUUUUAGAAGUAGAUUAGACUACCGAACGCAGUACUAUAAGUUGUAAAGUCCUUCCGUAUUUAAUUGUAUAUAGUCAAUAUAAUUAUGUAUAUCAACUUAUUUCCAAAUUAUUGAUCUGCGUACAUUAUUAAUAUGCAUAUUAAUAUUAUGUACACUUAAAAUAUACCGAAUAACUGCCGUAAAGAUUCGAUUAGGUGUCUAUUAAGCAGACGCAUACGUUGUCAGAGCUAGUAGAACUGCUCAUAAGAAGUGAAUCUAAUAAUAUCAAUGAUGUAUAUUUACUGUAUUUCGAAGAAUGGAUAUUGAAUUGACAUUUAUCAUAAAUGAUGGAUUAAUUAAGUGCGUCUGCACUGACUAUCUCAGUUGAUAUCUCAUUCAAAGUAUCCGAUUAAAACUGAAACAAGUUUUAAUGUAAAAUGUGUACAAAAUAUUACUUUAUAAUUGGUUGGUGCUAUAUGGAAAUUGUAUAUUGGUACUUAAUUUCCUAUUAAUUUCCACUCUUAUUGUAAGCGGUAUCUGCUUAGUCCCUCAUGUUCCGUCCUUUCAAGGACAAAAUUUACCAAAUGCAAACAUUGCUUAGGGGUGUACUUAUGUUAACACAGUAGGACUAUCUGGCUUUUUUGUUCCAUGUUUCUUUAGCUGCUGCUAUUUAGUCAAUGAAACAUAUCAGUUUAUUUGGACCUGCCUUCAGCAACAUGAUUUCAAAAUUAAAUCAACCGAUCUUUAAUCCAAUAUUUAUGUUUUAGGGUCUCUUGUGAUCUAAUCGUGUCAAUAUAUCAUAACAAAUAUAGGCCUGGUCUGACUAUAUAAUAGUUAAAAGGUGUAACAUAAUAAAUUCCUAUAAGAGAUUCAGUUACGAAUUCCUGUAGAGAUUUGCCGUGGGGUAGUUUUUCUCUCUUUUUUUAUUUCAGAUUGCGUUAAAUCCUAUAUUAUAAUGAUAUUGUUAAAGUUUCGUAUUAUUGUCCCCAGAUUACAUGUGCAUUUCUGUAUGUAUUGUAAAUAAGACAGUGAACAGUUGUGUAUUUAUUUCUCUUCUUAUCUUUAAAGUGAUCAAAUAAAGAUUGAUGUCCUUACA